AUGAGUAACAGUUCAUGGCAACAUCCAUUUGUUAAUAUAUUUAAACAUUUUGAUAUAAGUUCAUCUAAAAAAUGUAUCAAACAAGGAGAUGUUUCAACAGUCAUAGAUCGUGAUCUGAAAUCAAUUGUAUAUCGUAUACGUGGUUUAAUACCAGAAAAUAAUUAUAUUCAAUUUCCAUCUGAAUCAUUAAAACAAAAUCUUAGUUUAACAGGUCAUUUAUUUUAUAUAUUAUUUCGACCAAUAUAUGAUAAAUAUUUUUGUAUACAUAUUGAUAUUUUAACACAUAAACAACAUCUUAUACGUAUAUCAUUAUCAAAUUUAUAUCGUGAAUUUAAAAUAACACAAACAUCUAUUCAAUUUCCUUAUAUGACAACAGGUACAGAUAUUCAUUGGUCUGUAUUAUGUUUAAAUUUACAAACAAUUUUAUUAACAUAUAUGACAAAUGAACAUUAUCAUAUGAUUAAAUCUUUUCAAUUAUGUGGAAAUAUGUUAGUUAAAAAUUGUUUUACAUCACAAUUUUUAUAUGAACCUGGUAUUGAUAAUGAUACUGCUAAACGAACAGGUUUAAUACGUGCUGGUAUACGUUCAUUACCACGUGAAUUAUCAUAUCCAAUUGAUAAAAGUGAAUCUUGGCAUGAUAAAUAUGAUUUUAUUAUGUUUCCAAAUAUGUCAUCAUUAAUAGGUAAAAAUCCAAGUGAAUCAUUUGAUAAAGUUGGUAAUGUACGUUUACCAACACCAAGAAAAUUAAAAACAGAUGAACAAAAUUUAAAUCAAAUUGAACAUGAUGAAUCAUUUCCAGUGACUGCUCAGACAACACUUGUUAAUGGACAAAUUAGUAAAUCAAUAACUAAUUUAUCACAUAUUACACAUAGAUCUGUAUCUCCAGGAGAUAAUCAGCUCAAUUGGCGUACAUAUAAUAAUCCAGCUGAUCGUUUUCCAUCAUUACCUACUAUAAAUGAUUCUUCUAGUUUAUCGCAUAAUAAUAAUAAUAAUAAUGAUGCUAGUAUUCAUCUAUUUGUUAAUCCACAAUCGAUUCAAUCAUCAUGUUCAAUGACUGAUAAUUCUAAUUAUGAUCUUGCUUUAACAAUUGAUCAUUCUCAACAAUCUCGUCAUUGUACAACUCUUCUUCCAGAUCCAAUACUUCGUUUACAAACUGUUAUUGGUCUAAGUAAUGGUUUUAAUAAUUUAUUAUGGACACAAGAUAAUAAUUAUGUAAUUUAUUCAUCAAAUGCUAUUGUUGUUCAAAUGCAUAUUGAAACACAACAACAAUGGUUUUUUAUUGGACAUACAGAUAAAAUAAGUUCUAUUGCGUUUAAUAGUAAUCUAUCAUUAUUAGCAACGAUACAAACAGGACCUAAUGCUAUUCUUCGUUUAUGGAAAUUUGAAACUCGUCGUUGUAUUUGUGCUAUCCGUGUUCUUAAUACAUAUGAUUUACAUACACUUGAUUUUGGUAUAGGAAAUUCUUGUUCAUCUCUUGUUGUUGUUGGUCAUGAUGAACAGUUGCAUACAAUUAUUUCUGUAUAUAAUCUAUUAAAGAUAUCUAAAGAUUCAAUUGAAUUAAUAUGUCAAGCAAUAACAAAUGUAUCAAUAACACAUAUACGUUUUAUUCCCUAUGAUACAACUAAAUUUAUAUCCAUUGGUUUAGAUAAUAUACAUAUAUGGCAUAUUAGAAAUGAAAAUAAUUUAAAAUCAAUAAAUAUAAUAGUAAAUGAUAUUAAUCAUUUAGAAUAUACUGAUUUACAAUUUCAACAUUUAUCUAAUAAUAAAUUAAAUGAAUCAAUUAUUUAUAUAGCAACAAAAUCAGGUCAUAUAUUAGAAUUAUUAUAUAAUGAAAAACGUAUAAUAAAAAUUCAUAAUUUAUUUAAUAAAAUUAAUAUGAAUCAAAGAUUAUCAUUUAGUAUAUCUGCAUUAAUAUGUACAAAUAAUUUUUUUAUAACAGGUUCUCAUGAUGGAUAUAUUCGUGUUUGGUCAAUAGAUUUUUCUCAAGUCUAUAUUGAAGCUAAAUAUGAUCAAACUAUUUCUAGUUUAAUAUCAUCAUAUGAUCAAACACGAAUAUUAAUUUUAACGUUAUCUGGAUCACUUAAUAUAUUAAAUCUUAUUACUAAAACACAUUUAAAUUUAAUACAUACACAUAUUAAAUCUAUUACUGAUAUUGAUUAUGAUGAUACAAGAAAACAAUUAAUUAGUGUAGGACAAGAUGGUACUAUACGAAUAUGGUGUUUUCAUACGGGUAAACAAUUAUCAGAAUUUACUUCAGAAAAAGAAAUACCAUUAAUUGUUACAUAUACACCAAAUCGACAAAUAUUUGCUUGUGGAUUUAAUAGUGGAACAAUUAAAAUAUUUGAUUUGAAUACAUCAAUGAUAUUGAAUGAAAUCAAGCAUCAUAAUAUAAGUAUUAUUGGUUUACUCUAUUCUCAUAAUGGAUCAUAUUUAUUGAGUAGUGAUGAAGAAGGUAAUUUAUGUUUAUCAGAUGCUAAUGAUAAUUAUAAAUUACAAAAAACAAUUGCUAAAACUUUAAUAAUAUCAGAAAAAGGACCAAUCCCAUUAUCAAUUAGUUCAGAUGGUAAUUAUGCAGUUUAUAUUGGACCUACAAAAUUCAUUAUUACCAUUAUUGAAAUAAAUACUCUUAAUCAAACAUUACGAAUUGAUAUAAGCAAUUGUAUAUUAAUGACAAAUGAUCAACAAACAAUAACAUCAUCAGAAUCAGCAUUAUUUGUACGUUUUACACCGAAUCGAUAUAUAUUCGUUGCAACAACAAAUUUUAAAUUACUCAAAUUUGAUUCAUACACCGGACAACUAUUGAAUAUUAUUGACAACAUUCAUAAACAUUCAUUUGAUAAUCUAACUUUAUCUUCAAAUAGUCAAUAUUUGAUAACUAGUGGUGAUGGUAUAUUAAAAUUUUGGGAUGCUAAUAUGAAAUUAGAUAUAAAUUUUCAAAAUUUUAUUGGUCAUUCUGAAUCAGUACGAAAAAUAUUUUUUACUGAUGAUAAUAUGCAUAUUGUAAGUAUUGGAGAUUCAAUAUUAAUAUGGAAUGUUCUUGCUUGGAAUACAUUACAACCAAUAAUGCCAAAUAAUGCACAAUGUAUUGUUUCUCCACAAUUGAUAAUGACAAAAAUUCUUGAACAUACAUUAGUUCGAUCAAAUUCAGAUCAAUCAAGAAAUUCAUCUGAAUUAUUUCAUAAUUCUCAACGAACGAAUGAACAUGCUAUUACACGUUCAUUAUCAAAUUUAGAAAUUGAUAAAACAAUAACUAGUUUUCAAGAAGAAAAAAAAAUUAUUAAUAAGAAAUUACUAACAAAACAAAUUGAUAAUGAAUAUUUUUCUUCUCCAUUAUCUAUUCGACGUCAUUUUAUUCAACGAAUUAAUCAUUCACAAUUAGCAAAAAAACGAUAUAUAGCACCAAUUAAUCAAGAAAGUUUAAAACUUCAAACAAUUAUUGGUUAUAAUGGUAAUGGACGUGAAAAUCUUGUUUGGCAUCCACAUACAGGUUUUUUUGCUUAUACUGUUGGUUGUAAUAUUGUUGUAGAAAAUCUGAAUAGUAAUCAUCAAACUAUUUUAACUGGACAUACAGAAGAAAUAUCCACUUUGACAUUAUCAAAUGAUGCAACAAUUUUAGUCAGUGCUCAAUGUUCAAUAUCAAUAAAGAAAGAAGAAUUACAAGUAAAGAUUAUUAUUUGGGAUACAAAAAUACUUCGACAAAAAACAUAUUUUUAUGCAUCAGUUCAAGCAAUUCAAUCAAUGGCUUUUUCGAAAGAUGAUCGUUUCCUUCUUACAAUUGGCAAUUAUCGAAAACCAAUGGUUAGUCUAUGGUCAAAAACAAAUCAUAUACAUUUACUUAACUGGCAAGAUGUAUGUUCAUCAUUUUAUAUAAAUUGUCUUGCUUGGAAUCCAACACGUACUAAUGAAUUUUGUCUUGGUGGUUCACAUGGUUUUAUUCGUUUUUGUACAAUUAAUGAACAAACAGAUGAUAAUAAAUUACGUUUAGAAGUUGUUAAUGGACAAAUUCCAUUAUUAUUAAAUGAACAUACAAAAACAUCAUGUGAUAUAACGGCAUGUGUUUAUUUAACAUCAAUUGUAAAUCUUGUUUUAUGUGCAACAAAUAAUGGUUUAAUAACAUGUUGGAAUAGUCGUUUAUGUUUAUGUAUUUUUCAUUGGAAAGCUGAUUCAAAUGAAAUAUGUUAUAUAUCAACAACAAAGUAUAAAUUAUUGACUGGAUCAUCAAUAGGAUGUUUGAAAUUAUGGAAUAUAGAAAAUCUUGAAACAAAUUUAGGACAAUUAAAUUCAAUUGAUUCAAAUUAUGAUUUAAAAUUGCUCGAUGAAUUUCAAUUAGAUGAUGGAAUAAUAAGUGGAUCAUUUGAUAAUGUAUUCGAUAUGGGUAUUAUUGGUACAUUAUGUGGAUCUCUAUGGUAUAUUUGUUGGACAACAGAUCGAUCAAUAACUCGUCUUGUUGCAUCACAUACAGAUAAAAUAACUGGUUUAAUUCCUAUUGAAGAUACUCAUAUUGUUACAAGUAGUCUUGAUGGUACAAUAAGAAUUUUUCAAUUAAAAGAUCGAAAUGAAAUUCUUCGUUUUAAUACAAAUGGAUUACAAGUAACUUGUUUAACAUCAUGGGAUAAUUCUAUUGUAUUAACGAAUGAUUCAUCUCAUACAACAAGUUCUAUGAAAAAUAUAAAAUCAACUACUAUUCAAUCAAUUGUUGCUGGAUAUAAUGAUGGUACAGUACGAAUUUUUAAUAUAUUACAUGAACAAAUGCAACUUAAAUUACAACCACAUACAACAUCAAUAACAACAAUUCAUAUUCCUUCGCAUACAAUGAUUUGUUUAUCUGGUGCAUUGGAUGGUUCUGUUACAAUAUCAAAUUUAAUGCAAGGUAUUAUCUUACGUGUACUGAAGGAACAUUAUAAUACAGUACCAAUUUGUAUUAUUGAUUCAAAAAAAUUCUUAGAAAAUAAUUUUUAUAUGUGGCUAAUUGCUAGUCAUGAUCGACGUAUUAGUUUAUGGAAAUCAAAUCAACAAUUUGAUUUAUGUCCAUUUAUUGAUUGGUUGAUAUUUUCUACAUGUCAUAAAAAAAAUGCUUGGCAAUUAUCUCCACCAAGUUUAGCACGUUUUAUUGAUACUAAUUUAAUUAUAUAUACAGAUUAUAAUAUUGAUCAAUCUAUAAAAAUAUAUAAUAUUGAUAAAAAACAAAUAACACGAACAAUAUUAUUAAAUCAAUUAUGUUCAUAUUUUGAUUUAUCAAAUAUGAAAAAUAAUAAUUAUUUAAUAGCUAUUGGUAUAAAAGAUCGUUUAAUACAAUUAAAAGAUUAUACUCAGGAAACAUUUCAAGAUUUUAUUGGUCAUAAUGAUAUAGUAUCAAAUAUAAAAUUUAAUAAAUCAAAUGAUUUAUUAAUAACAAUAUCAUCAAAUGAAAUAUUUGUUUGGAAAAUAAUUUUAAAUUAG